UCAUUAAUAUGUAGGGAAGUUUUCUGAAAAAUAUUAGACCUUUAAUUAUUGAUUUGAAAAAUAUAGAACAAUAUGUUCCAUUGAAACUUCAAAGGAACAGCUGACUCGACUUGGACCUGGCCUUAAACUGAGCACAAGUGUUGGGGAAUGUCAUUUUAAGUGUCUAACUACCCUAACCCUAACUACCCAACCCUGUCAUUGGCCCUCUGAAGAGAAAAUUUUUGUAGAAGCACCUUAAUAACACCCCAGCAAAUUGUCACAUUUCAGACGUUCCUCUUUAUUUAGUUAAAUUAUCAGUGUGAAUGAAGAUUUAAACAAGUAUCGCAUUCACAGCUAGUACACCAAACUACUACUUGCCAAGUCAAAAAAGACGCAAAAAAAAAUUAAUUAAAUUGCUUUUCACUUUUUGUUGUAAAUUUUUAUAUUAAUAACCGGAAGCCAUGUCUGAAGUCACAAACAAAUCAAACGUUAUCAAUAACGAUGAACCACCUCAGAAGAGAAUUAAAUAUUCUCCCGAAAAUAUAGCAGAAGAAUUAAAAAUCCUUGAAAACAGGGAAAUCAAAACAGGAUUUAUUAAUUGCACCAGUGCUGUUAUCACAAUCGACGAUGAAAAAAUCGAUCUUCUUAAUAUUGAUUCGAAAAUAACAUCAAAAAUCAAAUUCACAAAAUCAUCAUCCAACAACGAAAAUAAAGAAAAAUCACUUGAAAGACAAUUAUCAAAAAUUUCUUGUCCAUUCACAAAUUACAUUGGACAAUCGAUAACAACAAAAUUAUUGGGUGAAAAUUAUCACGCAAUUCCCGAUAAAUUUAUCAUUUAUCGUGAAAAUGAUUAUCGUCAAUUAUACAAUAAUAUCAAUGAGAAAAAUGUCAGUAAAUUUUUAAUCGUCAUUUCACCAACCAAUUAUAAUGGUGGUGAAAUUAUAUUUCCCCAAUUAAAAAAAACUUUUAAAAAUUCUCAAAUUAAUGAAAAACAAUUGAAUUACAUUUUAUUUAAUAUUAAAACUAAAUAUGAAAUUUCCAAAAUAACUCAUGGUAUUUGUGUUUUAUUAACAUUUAAAAUAAUUGAAACAAAUUUUGAAAUUGAAUUAAAAGAAUUAACACAACUUAAUACGGAUAAUUUAAAGAGUUUAUUGAAAAAUUUAACGGAUAAAAAUAUUUUAAUACCAAUAACUGAGGGAAAUAUUGCAAAAAAAAUUUGUGACGAUAUUAAAAUAAAAUAUCGACAAGUUUAUGCCGAUGAGGAAUGUCCAAAAAUUGUUUACGAUGAUAUUUCUGAUGCUCAGGAACAAUCAUUUUGUCGUUUUAAUGUUUUUUUAAAUUUUGAAGAUUUAAUUGAUGAUGAGAAACAAUUUUCUGUUAAUACAUAUGUUAAUCCAAUGAAACCGCAAAAAAUUAGCGAUAAAUAUACAAGAUAUCGUAAAUCAAAUUCACCAAAAUCAUCGUGCGAUGAAGUUGAAUAUUAUUCUUUUUUAUUAAUUAAUCCUUGUAGAGAAUUUAAACCAAAAACCGAGUGAAAACUUAAAAAAAGAAAAAUUGUUUUCGAGAAAAGAGGAAAAAAAAUAAUAAUAUGCUUUUGGGUCAGUCCACUGACUUUUGUCUAAUAGUGGUUGCGACCAAAUUUAAAAAAAAUCUAGUUUUAAUAUAUGUGAAACUCGAUGAUUCCCUGAAAUUCGUUAACCAUAAUAUUAUGGUAAAA